CCAUAGGAACCAGCGAUCUUUAGAAUCUACUUUUGGGAAAACUAACUUAAGCACUUGGAGAUCUCCGAGGAGACUCAUGGGCUUGUAUCCACCCAUGGGUGUUUUCUUUUAGAUCUAGGUUUUAGGGAAUCUGGCUAAAAUACUGCCCAUUUUAAUAACUUCUGAUCUAUAGUGCCUUGGUCUUUACAGAGGAAGUACUGUAAUACUUUCCAUUUAGCAUUAUCUGCCAAGGAUGACUUGGGCUAUCCUUGAAAAUAGCGCAGGACAGAAUGUGUAGACAUGCUGAGAUAAGGAGCCUCCUGCCAGGCCUUCGGCCUAGGGACUGUCUCAGCUUAGCUCUGGACACAGCGUUGUCCCUCGGCAGUGCACUUGCCCUUGCCUUGCCUGGAUCAUACGGAAGAAACGUUUGGCUUGUCUGAGAACACCUCUAUUCCUAGCUCUUUGACAGUUUCACUUUCCAUAUCCCCUCAGUUCUAAACAUGUGGAAAAAGAGAUAAAGAAAGGUGAUGAAAUGAAAAAAUGGAGUGGGGAAUGUUACAAGUAGAGAGAAGAAACUCGUAUUUACAUGUCUGGUUUAUAUGCAGUUAUGGCUGGGCUUUGGAGGGUGAAGUAAACAUACUCUAAAGGUCACUUUACUAGAUAGGGAGAGGAGAGGAGAAUGCCAUGUGAAAUACUGGUUAGCAUUGAGAAUAAAAUCAAACACGGCACUACUUUUUAUCAUAAUAAAUAUCUAUACUAUGAUUCAUUUAGGAGGGGAAAAAAGAUAGUUUUGAUUUAAAAAAAAUACUUUUCAAAUGUAUAAUUCUUGUUCAGGGAAUUUAAUCAAUUAUAAAUGAAAUUAGGUUAGUGUGAAUUUAGGCUUCAUGGUAAACUAUAUAACUUACCCUAUUUUAAAACUCACAAAUUUUGUUCACCAAAUAGGAAGUAGAAAAAAUGGUUUGGGAUAAAGCAUCAGGUUUCUACUACCUCUAGAAAAUGGUUGGGAAGGAGAAUUGAAAAGGUACAGCUGUUAUUCCUUAAAGUUUCAUAGCAUAGGAAAUUUUUAUUCCUGCCCUUAAAAUGCUAUAGCUUUUCAUUGUACAUUUCCAUUUCACAACUUUUUAAGGUAUGAGUCUACAAUGCUUUAAUUUCCUAUUUAUAAAAAUUCAUGAUCUUUAAAGUUUUUAUUUUUCCUCUUAAGAAGGCAUUGAUUAAAAAAAAUACUAGAUGAUUCAAUAUGUCUAUUCAUUCCAAGUUGGAAAUUAAUUUGUUUGGCUUGAGGCUACAGUUAACUCUCAUUAGAUGGGGAUGCCCAAAGUUAUAUGAAUCUUUCCAGUACAGUGAGACACUGAGCUUUUCAAAUAUUGCUGAAAUCUUAAUCAAAACUCUAUUGAUUGCUUGGGAGUUGGGCCAUUUGAGAGAGGAAAUAAAUCAGCCUAACCCAAUGACUAGGUUACAUUAGUAAUUUUGUAGAUAGUUUAUUUCUAAAAGUUAAAAACGUGUGUUUUUUAUAAUUUUAUCAGAUUGUGCAUGGUGCUAUCCAUAUUCAGCAUUGUGAAAUGACAUUUUAUAUCCCCAAGGACUGCAUCACCUAGUGGGCAUUGCUUUAAUGAAAUACCCACAUUUCAAGGGAAGGUACAUCUUUGGAUUCAAUUGAUACGACUUUAGAAACCUUUUGCACUAUAUUAUAUGUUCUGGGGAGCCCUGCUGGCAUAGUGGUUAAGAGCUACGGCUGCUAACCAAAAGGUCAGCGGUUUGAAUUCACCAGGUGCUCCUUGGAAACUGUAUAGGGCAGUUCUAUUGUGUCCUAUAGGGUCACUGUGAGUCGGAAUUGACAGCAAUGGAUUUGUUUGUUUUUUUAAGUCCCAUUUUACAGAUGAGGAAACUGAGAUUCAAGAAACUGAUUUGACAACAUUCAUAUACCAGUGAGAGGCAGAGUACUGAAGUACUCAUCCCUCCAGUCAUACCUGGCUACCUCUAUAGUUUGUUUCCUCCGAUGUCAUCUUCUCAAGGAACCCUUCCCUGACUACACCAUCCAACAAAUGUUCCACCUCUGCCCUUCCCUGCUCAGUCACCCUCUUGCCCCUUCUCCUGUGGUAUUUUCUUUGUAGCACUUCUCUAUCUAAAAAUCAUCAUAUUGAUGUGCUUGUUUCUUGACUCUUUCUCCCGUUAGAACGUAAGCAUCAUGAAGACCCAGAAACUUCUUUGUUUUAUUCACGGUGGUGUCCCUGGCACCUAGCAUCUUGCUUGGCACAUAUUGCGUUCUCUGUGACUGUCUCAUGUCCAGACUUUCUCACUGAUACCUGUGAUAUUAAGCAUCAUGAUUUUGGCUCACGGUAUCCAAUAAUAGCAAUUUAGCCAGGAUUUGAAUGCCCAUAUAGUCCAAGCUUAGUUUAAAAAUCUAUAAUUAGAAUACACCAGAUAUAUUACGUGUUGUUCAUCUGCUCUGAAAGUUGUGGCAGGUGGCCUGGCUUGCACACUGUUGAGGAUCUGUACUGCAUGCACACACCUGAAUCUCAUUUCUGACACUUCACUGUCAUCCUUCCUGACUGCCACGCCUGACAUAAGUUCUGAAGUAUCAAAACCGCAUGUUACACAGUCCUAGCGUGUUUUACAGUGAGAGGGACAGUCAUUUAGAGUCCUCUUGUGCUGGACUUCUGCACAGAUAAAGGGAGGAUAUAGUUUUGAGAGGAAUGCAAUAACUACAAAGUGCAUCCUGAAGGCCAUUUAGCUCACAAUGAAGGUCUGUGUUUUAAAAUAGCACUACAACAAAGUAACUACAGAGUUUUGGCAAGGGCUUCAACUAUUUAUAGAACUAAGUAAGGCAUAGUAAAUAGUGCCACAGUACCCAGUUCUCCCUUGCCAUAACCCCAAACUUAUAAGAAACACUGUAAUUAUAUUUUUCUGCUUAAAAAAAAAAAAAUCAUAGUAGCCAUUAUCAGUUUAACCAUACGGAAGCUCAGGCUGAGAUUUCUUUUUUAAAUGCAUAGUUUUGAUUUUCAACAGCUGCACUGGGUCUUUAAUCAUAUAUUAUCUUUAUGAAGCCUUUUUCUAACAUAUGUUAAUUGGCUGUUUUCUGUGACAAAUUAUGAGCUCUUACUUUGAUGAGGUUCAAUUGCAAUCAUGUUGGAGUCGAGUACGUAGAGUUUCCACCCCUGCUGGCUCCUCAGACCACUACAAACAUCCGCACGUCACUGCAGUGCUGAGUAAUGGCAGGAUUUGGGCUGGCUGAUUUCUCUACAGAUUUUUUUUUUUCCACAGGAUAUUUUCAGCUUCUUUGUACUAAAUCCGUUGCAGGGUUUGCCCUUUUUAGCAGAAGCAUGCUCUAAAAUUAACAUCAAAUCUUAUUGGAGAUUACUAUAAUACUGUGAGAAAUAUUUUACAAUACAACACCCCAGUGUCUGUUUUGCUUUACUAAAAUUUUAGAACACUUAUUACACAUUUUUCAAAAAGUAAGUUGUGCGGUUAUUAAGCGUUUUCUAAGUCAUCAGCGUUUUGCAACAAAUAUUUUUAAUUUUCUUUUUUUGAGAAGAACAUUUAAUUAUUGAAUAAGUGGAUGCUCAAAAUGCACAUACUCUUUUCUCGGUGUUGCCAGUCAUAUCAGUAUGUUAAAGAUCUCAUUGUAUUUUCUUUUUUCUUUGCUGUUAGUUACAUCUGUUGUUUAAGUAAUAAAAACCAAGUACAUGUUCCAUCAAGGUUAAUGUUCUAGAAGAUGCAUAGCACCCAUUCCACUUCUCUAUCUCAAUGUCAGUUUUUAAUGUAUGAUUAGGAUGAACAGAUAGGUUCUAAUCCAUUUGCUCUGAGAACUGUGACAGAUAGCCUGCAUCAGAUACCAAUAGACGAUCAGUGAUAGCUAUAAUUAGAAUAAAUAUAAAACUACAGUACAUUUGUUCAUAUUCAGGGGAAAGUAGUCAGGGUAAUUGAUUAAGGCCUCCAGAAACUGUGUCAAACACCAGUCAUAUUGGGAUUAAUUUAACUACGUUUUGCCUUGACAUCUAAGGCAAAGGACUAUAUGUAAACUGUGGUUUUCUAAAGCCAAAGCUAGGGGGUCCUAUUUCCAUACGGGUAUUAGAGUUUAGACUAAGAUGAGCCGGAUGUGAAUAGGAGCUUCUCCUCCUCAUGAGGCUGUUUUUAAUCAGUCAUUUCCCUGGAGCAGCACACAAUCAAUGAGCUCUAAAUCCUGAGGCUACCUGCGCUCGUAGGAAGGCCUGGGAACAUCAUUACAGAACUUACAAUUGAGCAUACGUGAAAAAAUUAAAACAGAAAUUAGGGGUAAUAAAGGUUAACUUCAGAAGUCUUACUUUGGUACUGCUUUUUUAGAGGGAGAUAAAGAGAUAAUUUCACAUGUUCAAAAAGGAAUGUUUAACCCAACUUUUUGUGCAGGUACUACUCCAUUAAAGUAUUAUUGUAAACGAUCCAAAUAAAAAGUUAUUAGCAAUUUAUGUUAGGCAGAACUGUUAAACAGGUAUAUUAUUUUGAGAUGGUACUUGUGGAUCAAGUUCAGCAUGAGUAAAUAAAUGUAAAGUUUUUUUUUUUUCUUCAAUAGUACCACUACAGGGAGAGAGAAUGGCUCCAGAAGUCCUGUGUGAUACUCCAGUGCAACUGAAAAGUCAGUUAAUGCACUGUCUUGAGCUAGUGUACACAAGGAAAUUCAGUUCCACCUGAUAAGACACAUUCUUAAUUGGCUUUAACAAAAUAAACCAAGGUAAAGAAUGAUGUGUAAAUGAAACAGAGAACUUGACACUUGACUGUAUGGAAGCCCGUGAGCCAUGUGGCUUAAUUGGGGCCAGUUGGGAUCAUUUAAUGAUUGCUGUCAGAAGAUCAGAUUUAAUUCUCCUUAUAAGAAGACCACAGUGGGAUAGAGUUAAACAAAUUGUCAUCAGAGGUUUCAGAUGAACAAAGCCUUAAUUAGGUUGAUAAGGAUGCUGUAAAAGAGAUGAAGAGAAAUAGAAAAAUUGAUGAAUCACUGGUUUCCAUGUUGAGUGACAUAUAAUAGCAAUAUCAAAUAUCUGUGUUUUGAGAGAUACUAUUAUGGCAUUUUGAAUAUGUAUGUGUAUGUGUAUAUACAUAUAUAUAUUAGGUUUUAUGUAAACUUUCUAAAAUUCUAAAGUUUAACCAGAGACAAAAAUAAUUGACAUUAUGUAAACAGCAGGUGACUGAUCAAGCAUUUUUCCCUUAACAUUUCCCCAAAAAUAUUGGCAGGAGGACAGUAGUAUUUCUUCCCAUUUCAGGGUCAUCUGUUGGGAAAGUAGUGACAAGAAGUAAAUUAUUUUCAAAGACAUAAUUAUCAGUCAUUUCACAUGCUAUUUCAGUACUGAAUAAAACAAAGCCUUUACUUAGAGUGUCCUUUUAACCAUUGAUAUGACAGUCUUAAUAAGUGUGAUUAUUUACUAGUGGUAAUAGUUAAGACUAUUUGGGUAUCUUAAAAUUUACUCUCACUGUUUCGUGUAUACAUUAUGAAAGAAUAAAAUGGUUUUAUUUUUCCAUAUGCUACAGUUUUGUAGGAAAAUGUUCUACAUACACACACAAAUGUAUCAGUAAGGCUGAAAAGUGUGUCCACCACAUACAGGCUUCUGAAAAAAAAAAAUUGCAGAAAAUUCCAUUUUAAUGAUGAAAUGUGAUACAUUAAAAAUUAAGAAAAUAAUGAACAUAAUUUUUUUUUUCUAACGGCGUCAUAAGCUGCCUAGGAAUUCAGAUUUUGUCAUAAUAAGAUGAAAAUGUAUAAUAGCAAUGUCUCCCACUUCAAGCCUAGCUCGCUCGCUUUGAAGGCUGACAAUUUCAUGUUUCACUGAUGUUGGUGUUGUAUAGUGCUUAACUUGGCUUUGUUCAAUAACAGCAACAAAAAAUUCCAGCUGCAUGUGCUUAUGGAGAGGUUACAGCUGGGGAGCAGACUGCGAUCUGUGAUGCUAAAUAGUAGCUCUUGCUUUGUGAUGAGGACAGUGUAGAAUUUACCUUUGGGGUAAGCCCUGCCACAUCACUAAGUGGCUUUUGAAAGAAAAGUUGGUGGUUGCCCUGUUGUGAAAAAUUAGGAACACAAAAAAAUGAUAGAGCCCGAAUUAAUUACUUAGUGUGAUGUGGAAAGGCCAAAAACUGUGGUGUGGUUGAAUAGCAGGAGGCUUUUGACAUAUUUAGACCAUUUGGAGUUUAUUUUGGCAUGGGGACUGGAGAAUGCUGUUUUAGCUGCAGUGUGAAAAAAAUGUACAAGACCAAAUACUCCGUGGAUAACUGUGACAUGAGGGUAACUGUGCUUUCCUCGUGUUGAUUAAAUUGUUUAUAGUAUAAUACAGUCAUUUAAAGGUAUGUGUCUCCUUAAUUCUGGAACUGUGUAAAUAAAAUGAGUUAUGUCAGUGAUAAUGGCAGGUUAGGCCCACCUAUUAAAUUAAUUGCAGGGGUUUUCAAAAAGAGUUCCUUUUAAGCCUUAUUAUAUUUCUGACAUACAUUUCAUCUCCUUUUGUCCUUGGGGAAAGAUAUUAAAUGUAGGACUAGACGCAUUAAUGUAGAGUUUUCAGCAGCCGUGGUCAUUGGGAAAAUUGAUAUAUUUCCCUAGUUAUUUCUACUUUUGCAGCCUGAAGCUCUUCCAUGGCUGAAACUUAAGAGAAACUUUUCUCAAUUUUUAUGCCACUGUAAAUUUCUUCUUCAUAUGGUGAUUAUUUUUAAGGGAUAAAUGAAGCAUUUUCUGUUAGAAGUUGCUCAUCAUUAGCUUUGUAUACUGAGGUCUUGAUGGUAUAUGUAAGGACUGUUUAUUUCAUAGCUUUACUAUAUGGCUUUAAAUGUAUGCCUCAAAACUGAAGCAGUCUUACAAGUAGAGACCAUGUUCCCAGUAGUACUGUGUACUCAGCACCUACUGUAUUGAAUUAUCAUAACCAUCCUGAAAUGAAGAAAUAUUUUCCCAUCUUUUGUAGAGCAUGGAAAUUUAUACUUCUCAGUAUAAAUUGUUCUUAUUCCACGUAAGAGAUGCUAAAUAAAAAUGAUAAAGGAUUAAGUAAGAUUAUCAGUCUGCUUCUGUAUAAACAACAAAAAUAUGAAAAGGUUCUUAAUAGUAGUUAUUAAAAUAGUGAAUGCAGAAUAUACUUCAGCUGGGAGAUAAAAAUUAAUUCUGUUAAUCAGCAGAUAGUUAUUGAACUCCUACUCUGUGCCUGGCCCUGGCAUAGUUGUAGGUACUACAAAGGCGAAACAAAACAGACUUGGUUUCUGUUGUUACGUGGCCCACAGAUAUUGAGGAAGGCAAGCAAACAUACAGUUCCAUCUGUGGCAAGUGCUACAAAGAGGGACAUGUUACUGUGAGACCCUAUAAUAGGAAGAUUUGCUAUGGUCAGGAGAGCAUGGAGUGCUUCUUAAGAAGGUGAAACUGGAGCUGAGACAGAAAGGCAGAGAAGUUAAGGAGGCAGGGGAGAACAAGAAGCAUUCCAGGCAAAAGGAUUUGCAUAUGCAAAGGCCCUGUGGUAGGAACUGGACAUGGCAGAUGUGAAGAACUAAAAGAUGACCAGCAUUAUUUGUUAUUAGUAUGUGUGAUAUUGCUUUAUGAAACUUGAAGAUGACUCCAAAAUUUAUCAUAUUGACACUAAACUGGAGUAAAUUGGGAAAAUAACUUCAUGUGUCACAUGAUGGUAUUCAUCCAGCGAGAAAGAAUGGCUGUUCUUUUUAUUUUUCUUUAUAGGAUGAGUCUUGGCUGUGUGACUUUAAAACAAACUCAGUUUUCACUCAAAGCUAGGGUAACAUAACAUUCCGUAUAAUAGAUGGUAGGCUUAGAGAGAAGUGGAAUGACUUUCAGGACUAAGGAAAUAUACCCCAACUCAUAAGGCAUCACGUAGUCAAGCACCAAUAAGAAUAAUAAUUUGAUUAUUUCUUUUGAAGUUCAGAAUAGCUCUUAAGGGAAAAAACUAAAAGUUUCUACUUGUUCCUUUUAACUAAAAUAUAAUUGCACACAUCGUAUGUCAUUCAGACAAAUCAUAGAGAGUUAAAUGCAUCUAGAUGCACAUAAUGAGCAAAGUUUUCCACUUAAAAUGAUAAUGAAUCAUUUAAGUGUUUGAAUUAGUAAUACUGGGCUUGAAGCAACUGGGCUUAUGAUCAUUUCUGUCUGCUACUAAGUAUUAUCCAGCUUGUAUUUAUUUAUAUAGUAUUAUUUCUUGUGUGACUUAGUGUACUCUUUUCAGCCUUGAGUUUUUACAAAACAUUAUAUGAAGAUGUUAGUGUUAGUGAAAAUGUGAGUAAAUGAAAGAGUUAUUUGCUAAUAUGAGAAAAAGAAAACCAGAAUUCCUUCUUUGCAAAUUGACAUCACAUACUUAAAUGUUUUAUCAUUAUUCAUAGGCUGUUUUUAAAUGACUGCAUUGUGCUUAUUGUAGCAAAAUAAAUGCAUUGCAAAGAUAAGUUUAGCAGAAGAAAAUUAAUUUCUUCCCACAUCUUUUAAUGUGGCAUGGCAGUCUCACUCUAAGAUCAAAACACAUAACUGAAGGUUAUGUUUAAUUUCUAAAUCAAAGUGUUGUGGGAAGAUGAUUGAAAUCUGAAGAUGACUCAGAUUCACUUGAUAUGUGGUUUUCUUCCUACAGAAACCUUACGGUAGACUGCCAUUUCCAUGUUAGAAAGAACCUAAUGGUGAUGAGAUUAAAAUGAAUAGUUUCACUAGGUACUGAAAGUUUAUGUGAGUUAUUUUGGAUCUCAGGCUGAAUUUUUUAAAGAACCUUGAGAGCUGCAAUAACAUCAGAAUCUCCCCACCACCACCACCACUCCAAAAUAUAUCUUUUUUUUUUUUUCAAACUGUGGAGGAAAAACUGUAAUCAGUGUGUUCUAUCAACAAACAUUGGUUUUUUGACAGUUUUUAUGAUUCUGUUUUUUACCAAAAAUAAUAAUUUAUCUGUGUUGGCUCUUUGUAUAGAGUUCUUCAUUUGCCUCAAAGGAUAAAUUCCAAUUAUAUGACUGCUUAAUCUCUAUAAAAUGAUUUUUUUUUUUAAUAAGGGAUGGCAUGUUUUAAAUGCUCAUUUUGAUUUGUCUGCUACUUCACCAAAGUGACUUGUUUGUUUUCUUGGGUUUUUUUUGUAAAGCAAUCACACAAAAUACUAAACUUACAGCUGAAAAGGAUUUUUCUCAGGUGUUUUAAAAAUAGACAUUAAAAAUUACGUUCCCGUGUCUGGAUUUUUCUCACUGUCCCUUAUCUGAACCUCUCAAAGGCCUCUCUUUGUGGGGCUUCGUAGCACAGCACACUCAGACGGUUCUGCUCAGAGAAGGAAGUGGAGAGUUUUGGUUCCCAUUUUACACUUCUGGAACAGUUUAGGGAAGGAAGCACCUUUACACCUUUUAUUGUUCGUGGUUGCUGACAUCAUAUCCUUCCCUGACCAGUCUGUGCGUGUUUCCUGCCAUUCUGUCAAGAUUCUUCUGUGUUACUAGGAGGGAUUUGUAGGAGGGAGGGAGAGAGGAAGAGAGUAAGAAGGAGGGAGAGAGAGAAGGGAGAGGGUGGGGGCGGUGUGUGUCACUCAAGAGAACUUGUUUGUUAAUGAGAGAGCCCGGGUGGGAGAAUGAUCGUUAGCGUCUGUCCAGAAGAAAUUCUUCUCCACUUGGGUCUCAAACUAUUUUGCCUUCAUCUGCCUGCUAUGCCAAACUCAAAGUGAACAGAAGCCUGCCAUAAUGAAGUUCCCCUUUUUACAGGAACGAAUGCGGAAACUUGGGAACUGAGCUGUGCAAGUGCUGAAGAAGGAGGUUUGUUUGGAGGAAACAGCAAAGAGACAGAAAAGGAAGGAAAAAAUACAUAAUUUCAGGGACGAGAGAGAGAAGAAAAACGGGGACUAUGGGGAGAAAAAAGAUUCAGAUUACAAGGAUUAUGGAUGAACGUAACAGACAGGUGACAUUUACAAAGAGGAAAUUUGGGUUGAUGAAGAAGGCUUACGAGCUGAGCGUGCUGUGUGACUGUGAGAUUGCACUGAUCAUCUUUAACAGCACCAACAAGCUGUUCCAGUACGCCAGCACCGACAUGGACAAGGUGUUGCUCAAGUACACGGAGUACAACGAGCCGCACGAGAGCCGGACAAAUUCAGACAUCGUGGAGACGUUGAGAAAGAAGGGCCUUAAUGGCUGUGACAGUCCAGACCCUGAUGCAGACGAUUCAGCAUUGAACAAGAAAGAAAACAAAGGCUGUGAAAGCCCCGAUCCUGACUCCUCUUAUGCACUCACCCCACGCACUGAAGAAAAAUACAAAAAAAUUAAUGAAGAAUUUGAUAAUAUGAUCAAGAGUCAUAAAAUUCCUGCUGUUCCACCUCCCAACUUUGAGAUGCCAGUCUCCAUCCCAGUGUCCAGCCACAAUAGUUUGGUAUACAGCAACCCCGUCAGCUCACUGGGAAACCCCAACCUUUUGCCACUGGCCCACCCUUCUCUGCAGAGGAAUAGUAUGUCUCCUGGUGUAACACAUCGACCUCCUAGUGCAGGUAACACAGGUGGUCUGAUGGGUGGAGACCUCGCAUCCGGUGCAGGCACCAGUGCAGGGAAUGGGUAUGGCAAUCCCCGAAACUCGCCAGGUCUGCUGGUCUCACCUGGUAACUUGAACAAGAAUAUGCAAGCAAAAUCUCCCCCACCCAUGAAUUUAGGGAUGAACAACCGUAAACCAGAUCUCCGAGUUCUUAUUCCACCAGGCAGCAAGAAUACGAUGCCAUCAGUGAAUCAAAGGAUAAAUAACUCCCAGUCUGCUCAGUCAUUGGCUACCCCAGUGGUUUCCGUAGCAACUCCUACUUUACCAGGACAAGGAAUGGGAGGAUAUCCAUCAGCCAUUUCAACAACAUAUGGCACCGAGUACUCUCUGAGUAGUGCAGACCUGUCAUCUCUCUCCGGGUUUAACACUGCCAGUGCUCUUCACCUUGGCUCAGUAACUGGCUGGCAACAGCAACACCUACAUAACAUGCCACCAUCUGCCCUCAGUCAAUUGGGAGCUUGCACUAGCACUCAUUUAUCUCAGAGUUCAAAUCUCUCCCUGCCUUCUACUCAAAGCCUCAACAUCAAGUCAGAACCUGUUUCUCCUCCUAGAGACCGUACCACCACCCCUUCGAGAUACCCACAACACACGCGCCACGAGGCGGGGAGAUCUCCUGUUGACAGCUUGAGCAGCUGUAGCAGUUCGUACGAUGGGAGCGACCGAGAGGAUCACCGGAACGAAUUCCACUCCCCCAUUGGACUCACCAGACCUUCGCCGGACGAAAGGGAAAGUCCCUCAGUCAAGCGCAUGCGACUCUCUGAAGGAUGGGCAACAUGAUCAGAUUAUUACUUAAUAGUUUUUUUUUUUUCUUGCAGUGUGUGUGUGUGCUAUACCUUAAUGGGGAAGGGGGGUCGAUAUGCAUUAUAUGUGCCGUGUGUGGAAAAAAAAAAAAGUCAGGUACUCUGUUUUGUAAAAGUACUUUUAAAUUGCCUCAGUGAUACAGUAUAAAAGAUAAACAGAAAUGCUGAGAUAAGCUUAGCACUUGAGUUGUACAACAGAACACUUGUACAAAAUAGAUUUUAAGGCUAACUUCUUUUCACUGUUGUGCUCCUUUGCAAAAUGUAUGUUACAAUAGAUAGUGUCAUGUUGCAGGUUCAACGUUAUUUACAUGUAAAUAGACAAAAGGAAACAUUUGCCAAAAGCGGCAGAUCUUUACUGAAAGAGAGAGCAGCUGUUAUGCAACAUAUAGAAAAAUGUAUAGAUGUUUUGGACAGACCCGGCAAUGGGUGGCCAUUGGUAAAUAAGUGUUAGGAACAGGCCAGGUCACCUAACAUCCCAAGAAUGCUCACAAACCUGCAGGCAUAUCCUUGGCGUAUGGCACUCAUUAAAAAGGAUCAAAGACCAUUAAAAGAGGACCAUACCUAUUUAAAAAAAAAAAAAAAUGUGGAGUUUGAGGGCUAACGUAUUUAAUUAAAUAAAUAAAUAAAUCUGGGUCUGCAUCUCUUAUUAAAUAAAAAUAUAAAAAUAUGUACAUUACAUUUUGCUUAUUUUCAUAUAAAAGGUAAGACAGAGUUUGCAAAGCAUUUGUGGCUUUUUGUAGUUUACUUAAGCCAAAAUGUGUUUUUUUUCCCCUUGAUAGCUUCGCUAAUAUUUUAAACAGUCCUGAAAAAAACCAAAAAGGACUUUUUGUAUAGAAAGCACUACCCUAAGCCAUGAAGAACUCCAUGCUUUGCUAACCAAGAUAACUGUUUUCUCUUUGUAGAAGUUUUGUUUUUGAAAUGUGUAUUUCUAAUUAUAUAAAAUAUUAAGAAUCUUUUAAAAAAUCUGUGAAAUUAACAUGCUUGUGUAUAGCUUUCUAAUAUAUAUAAUAUUAUGGUAAUAGCAGAAGUUUUGUUAUCUUAAUAGCGGGAGGGGGGUAUAUUUGUGCAGUUGCACAUUUAAGUAACUAUUUUCUUUCUGUUUUCUUUUACUCUGCAUACAUUUUAUAAGUUCAAGGUCAGCUGUUAAAAGGAUAACCUGUGGGGUUAGAACAUAUCACCUUGCAACACCCUAAAUUGUUUUUAAUACGUUAGCAAUCUAUUGGGUCACCUGACAUCCAUUGUAUAUACUGAUUGGUUUGUUUCAUGCUUUCUUCUUUUUUUUUUUUUUUUGCAUUUUUAUCAAAUGCAGGGCCCCUUUCUGACCUUAACCAUUUCAUCAUGCAUCUUGGAAUUCGGUAAAUGCGUAUCACAACUUGCCCAUAUCCUAAACCAUCAGGCUGGUUUUCAGCCUAGAAUUUGAUAUGCUUUUUAGAGAUACGCCCAGAAUAGAGAAGCUCUGUUGUGGCACAUGUCCUGCAAAUAUGGCCCUAGAAACAAGUGAUACGGAAUUUACUUGGUGAAUAGGUUAUGAAUUCCCACAGAAGAAAAAUGUGAAAGACUGGGUGCUAGACAAGAAGGAAGCAGGUAAAGGGAUAGUUGCUUUAUCAUCCGUUUCCAAUUAUUUUAACUGACCCUCAACAAUCUUGUCAGCAAUAUAGGACUGUUGAACAAUCCCGAUGUGUCAGGACCCCCAAAUGUCACUUCUGCAUAAAGCAUGUAUGUCAUCUAUUUUUUUCUUCAAUAAAGAGAUUUAAUAGCCAUUUCAAAAAAAUCCCUUAAAGAACCUCUCUAUGUCCCUUUUUUAAUUUUUCAAGAAAAUAUGAUGACUCUUGUCUAAUAUUCGUUAAUAGGGAUUAAUUUUCAGGCCCUUUAAAAAGUGAGUGCCAUAAAAAAAAAAAAAAAGUUGAUACGUAAUGUUCAAAAGAUGUUUCAGUCCAGGAAUAAUUUUCCUUCUCUUGGAAUGUGAAGAUCUGUCGAUUCGUCUCCAAUCAUGUGCAUCGACAUACACAGCAAAAAAGAUAUGGACAGUAAUAUCAACACUGCUAGAUCAUGUUUAAGCUAUUUCUUAUCCAUUUUUUUCUUUCACUUGCAUAGUUGCUACGUGUUUCUCAUUGUAAAAGGCUGCCGCUGGGUGGCAGAAGCCAAUAGAUCUUAUUAACGAGGCUAUAUUUUUCUUAACUUGAUCUGAAAUCCACAAUUAGACCACAAUGCACCUUUGAUUGUAUCCAUAUAGGAUGCUAGCCUGCCUUGUACUAACGUUUUAUAUACUAAAAAGAAAAAAAAAAAAAACCAUUUCAUAUAUCCCACUACUGAAGGUAUCCAUGGAACAUGAAAGAACAACAUUUAUGCAGAGGAAAAACAAAAUCAUCCCUGAAAAUACGCGCGCGCGCGCACACACACACACACACACGUUUACCCACAUGCAUACAGGGGAAAAAAAGCUAAGAAAAUCAUUUUCCUUACCAUAAACUUGAUCCCAUCUUUAUAACCCAUCCUUAUAACUUGAUGUAUAUAAAUAUGCAAACAUGUCACAAACGUUCUUUGUCAUUUCAGAACACUUUAUCAGUAUCAGUAGAAACUUAACCAGUGGGUGGGAUAGGGUCAUUAUAUGAAAAUAUGAAGAAAUAGCCAUAUUAAUUUUUUACCUGCAAUUUGCCUCAGCAACAAAGAAAAGGUGAAUUUCUAACGCUGAAGAUAAAGUAAGCUAGCGUGCCAGCAGAAGACUUGGCUAUUUAUAGCAGUUCUGACAAUAGUUUUCUAAGAAUAUGAAAAGAACAGAAUCACUUGAAAAUGGAUGCCAGUCAUCUCUUGUUCCCACUGCUGAGUUCACAUAGGGUGGUGGCAAGAUAGCGAAGGGAUAAUCAGAGAAUUUUUUUAAUUUAACAAUUUAAUGAGAAGAAGCACAAUUUUGAUUGUGAUGAGUCAUUUUCUGUAAACAAUCUUUGUCUAUCUUUACCCUUAUACCUUAUCUGUAAUUUACCAUUUAUUGUAUUUGCAAAGCUAGUAUGGUUUUUUUGGUUUUAUCACAGUAAAUCCUUUGUAGUCAGGAGUUUAGGGCAGAGCCCUGAGGGAGUAUUAUUUUACAAACCCAACCUAGAGUAACGUUUUAGGCAGCAUUCUUCAUUGCAAGUAAACUGUAAGUGGCAUUUCACGUAACUACAAGUGUUAUCUUACCUAACCCUGUUUUAAAAGAUUUUUGGUAACAAUAUUAAGCUUAAAUACUGAUAACAGUGAUGCAAUAUACGCAACCUGCACAACCUGUAUAUUGUGUGCAUUGGUGUGUGGAAGCUGUUCAUUUCAACCUUUUUUAAAAAAAAAUGUGUUUUUUAGUAUAAAAAUGGCUUAUUUUUUCCCAAAGAUGGAAUUUAACAUUUUGUAAUGAUGAAUAUGAAAAUACCUGUCAUUCUCAGAUCAUUUUAAGGUUGACUAAAAUGUGAGAAUUUAAAAAAAAAAAAAAAGGGAGAAUUAAAAAAAAAAAUCCAAUACAAUUUUUAAAAGAAUAUCUGCCCUCUCACACUUUUAUGUAUUUGUGUUUCUUAAAUGUACACCUUUUAACUUAGAGAUAGCAUUGUUUUUGCCCCUUCAUCCUCGUUUGUUUUUCUAGAGAGUAAAUGCUUUGUAUUCCUUUCUUUAAAAAAAAUUUUUUUUUAAGAAGAAGAAGCCACUUGAAACCUCAAUAAAGGCUGUUGCCUUAGCAUGGCAUACUUCAUCUGUUCCCAUUUGUGCCAUCUGCUGUGAUGUCGUCACUUAUAUGGCGUUAAUUUCCUGCCACUACAGAUCUUUUGAAGAUUGAUGGAAUACUAGUGUGUGUUAGAAUGCUUCAGACUACAGAUGUAAUUAAAGGCUUUUCUUAAUAUGUUUUAACCAAAGAUGUGGAGCAAUCCAAGCCACAUAUCUUCUACAUUAAAUUUAUCCAUUUUGGUUAUUUUCAUAAUCGAGUAUUGCAUUUUGCCUUCCCUGUUCAUACCUCAAAUUGAUUCAUACCUCAGUUUAAUUCAGAGAGGUCAGCUACGCGAUGCGUUUAGUUGUGGUGUGAAUGCAGUACCGGUGUUCGCCUGGAGUAACAUAGACCUGGGUCACUGUAGGUAUUGGACUUGGAUUGCUUCAGAUGGUUUGCUCUGUCAUUUUUCUUCUUUUUCUUUUUCUGGGGACUUGUUUCCAAUAAAUGACAGUAAUUAAAAUAGCUUGUAAAUGAGGGCAUACAAGCAUUUACAACAAAUAUUCAAAUAGAGGCUCACAGCGGCAUAAGCUGGACUUUGUCGCCACUAGAUGACAAGAUGUUAUAACUAAGUUAAACCACAUCUGUGUAUCUCAAGGGACUUAAUUCAGCUGUCUGUAGUGAAUAAAAGUGGGAAAUUUUCAAAAGUUUCUCCUGCUGGAAAUAAGGUAUAAUUUGUAUUUUGCAGACAAUUCAGUAAAGUUACUGGCUUUCUUAGUGA